AUGUUUUACCGAAUGGUACUCUUGAUGCCAGUUCUGCUUCCUACGCUGGUGAUAAAAACCGCGUGCGAUAACGAUACAGACGGAGAUGUGAUCGUUAGAUAUGCUGGACACGCAGAAGCGGAUGAGAACCGUGAUCAGAAAAUAUUUGUGGAGAAUAAACCAUCAGAAGCUGUUACGGACGGAAAAGCCUUGGAGACAAAGACCGAGCCAUCAGUCGCAACAGUCCAUGAAAGCCACCACUUAACCACAUCUACAGAAUCAACUACUCCAAUAGAAUAUAUGGAUGAGACUGAAGGCGUGGUCUUCGUGCCGAACGACGCACCAACAGUAAGACUAGAAGACGAAUAUGCCCGUGAUGGUUUGGGAAUACACGAAGUCAUAGGGAAGAAAACGGUCUACGAUGUGAUGGAUGGAGGAGUUCAUGUUGAAACAGAAUCUCCUCACGACCACGUAAUCUUCGUACCAGGUAGCAACAACUAUAACGUAGACCCCAAAGAAAAAGAAGAGAAAAGCGGAAGAAGAAAUACUGACAAAGUCAAAGAAGAGAAAAGAGUAGUAUAUCCUCAGUAUAAACUAGAUUGUUCUAAUUUGGACUGCAAUAACAGCAUGAAGUCGAUAUGUGGCGGGUACACGAUAGUACCUUUAGAUAAAUGCAUCAAGUAUGGUGCCCGUGGUGAAAGACCUUUUACCUUCUCCAGAAGAAUUAUGGAUACGCCGACAAAACCAAAAGAAGAUAUAGCUUUGCCCAAAAGCUUUUCUUCUAGAAGGUCGAUGUCAAUGAAUGUGUAUGGAAACUUCUGUUCUCAUCCGUGCCCCGUCACCUGUCCUGAUGAUUACGAGCCGCAGUGUGCUAUAUCAGCGACCGGCCAGCGAAGAGUUUUCAUGAACCAUUGCAAAUUAGAUGAUAAUUCCUGUUUGUUUUCUGUUGUAUGGCACAUGAGACCACUGUCAGAAUGUGUCGGAGGCAAGAAGGCGGACAUGAGACAGAACAGAUAUUUCAUCGGAUGGAUGCGUCAAGUUGGUAUACUCGAUAAUAAAGGAAAAUUAGUGUUGCAAUAA